AUUUCACCAGUGGCGCGACCAUGGCUUCCUAACCAAACUUUAUUAACUUUAUUUGAAUAGAAAACAAUAGAAAAUGAUUUUUGCAACUUUGCGUUCAUUAAUUUUUAGUUAAAAACAGUUAAAAGUCGUUAAAUUUACAUUUAAAGAUUUUAUUUAGAUAAUUCUUGCUGGUACACAAAUGGCUCCUCACGGUAAAUGCUGCGGGGAUCCUAAUCAUCAGCACGAAGAUCCAGAAAAGGGUGUCCAAUAUAGUUUGUACACGAAAAUAAACACAAAUGAUUUGGAAUGUUUAAACGAAAAGGUAGACGGUUCUGGAAAAACAGUUUUUAAGCCCUGGGAGGAUAGAUUAAACCGAGAAUCCUUUGUAGAAUCAGAUGCCGAUGAAGAACUCUUAUUUAACAUACCAUUCACAGGCAGUAUCAAACUAAAAGGAGUUAUUGUGAUUGGUGAUAGUUCAGAUUCUCACCCAUCAAAAAUGAGACUGUUCAAAAACAGAGAGCGAAUGACAUUUGACGAUGUAGUAACAACAGCAGAUCAAGAAUUUGAAAUGCAGAAAGAUACAGAGGGUCUUCUAGAAUAUUCUACAAAGGUUGUCACAUUUAACAAUGUUACUCAUUUAACCAUCCAUUUUCCUAAAAAUUUUGGUGAAGAACAGACUACUAUUUAUUACAUCGGACUUAGAGGGGAAUUCACAGAAGCACAUAGACAUGGAGUUACAAUUUGUAAUUACGAGUUAAAACCAAAUAUGUCUGAUCAUAAAAAUCCUCUACAAGAUAGUGCUCAUCAUCCCAUUGCCUAAUAUUUAGCUUUUAAGUGAUUUAACCCUAUGUGUGAUAUUUAAAAUAAAAAACUAAACAUAA